AUGACAGCUCGACUAUUCGUCUUCCUUAUUUGUCUUUUGGCAUCCGUUUCUCAAGCUCUUUUCACGCAAUCAGCCGGUGUUAAAGGAGUUCUCAUGUGUGGAGAUCGACCUUUGGCCGGAGCCAAGGUCAAGCUCUACGACGAUGAUAGUGGACCAGAUCUUGAUGAUCUUCUUGCUGAAGGAACGACUGAUUCUCUCGGACAAUUUCUUCUCUUUGGAUCAACUUCAGAAAUCAUGACAAUCGAUCCCAAGCUAAACAUCUAUCACGAUUGUGACGACGGCAUCACACCCUGCCAACGAAAGGUCUCUUUUUUCAUUCCUAAAGACUUCGUCUCGUCUGGAGAACAUCCCAAAACCUUCUUCAACGUUGGAACUGUGAACAUGCAAAUCCAGUUCAAAUCCGAAGAAAGAGAUUGCAUACAUCGUGUCUAA